AUGACCGACUCUCUUCCAAGCAGUCUCACGAGUCGCAUUCCUCCAGAGGUAUUCAACGAGAUAUUUUCACAUCUCCCACAGAAUGCACUCCUCGCAUUCAGGGCAUUGGAUCACCGUUUAGGCGCCCUCGCCACGGCCCACGCAUUCAGACACGUUCAUCUUGGUGCACGGGAGGACAAAGGCGACCAUGAGCUUCUUAUCAACGUGGCUCGAUCUGAAAACCUUCGGCAUCUCAUCCGUGAGAUAACAUGCGAUACCUGGGUCGGCUUGAACUUCAGGUACAAUGCCCAUGCGAGUUACCCUUUGCCAUCCGAGUUUCUCAACGCACUCCCUUAUCUACGUUUUUUUCGUAACCUCAGCACGCUGCACGUGGUUUUUAGCUCAUUCUGCGGGCACACCUUUUUUGACCCCUAUGAAUCCAUCGAGGAGACCACCGAUUUCCGUUACAGAGUCCUAGACACCGUGUUUCGGUCGGUGGCUGGAACAUGGUCUGCUGAACAGCAAGCAGCCACCGAUCAAACUCUGCAGGAGAUGUGCUAUCAGAUGAAGUACUUUGAGCCUGUGUACGACCAAAUUGUCCCGGAUGUCAGUGAUGAUGACAUUGCCAGCCGCAUACCUCUGAAGACCUUGACCAUCAGCAAUUUGGGCGACUACAACGACGAACGGCUCACAAACUCCGACGCCUUCAAGUCAGUGCUUGAAUCAAAAGAGCUCGUUGAUCUCAAGUUGCAGAUCACCACGCAGGCAUACGAUCCUGCUCCCGAGGAGGAGCUCUACCUCUGCGACAAAUAUGAUUUUUUUGCCGCCCUCCCCUCAACUUGGCUAUCUCCGACCGUGGCAGGCAACCUAAACACCAUGUCCCUUUACUGUCGCGAUUACUGGGGUUGGAACCCCAAGAUGGACUUCCGCGCCGUUAGGCCUGGCUUGGGAGUCGAUUCGGGGUUUCCCAAUCUCAAGGUCCUUGCCCUCGGGAGAUAUGUCUUCAGCCACGAAUGGCAGGUAGAUUGGAUUGCCUCACUGGGGCGCCAGAAUGGGCGCGGGGGGCUGGAGGAGCUUUAUCUCGACAACUGCCCCAUAAUGUAUCACGCAUACCACCUGAAGCCCUUGGAUGAGAGCACGACGGUUAUUGGAAAGGAUAAAAACGGAGAUGGCAUUGUCGUUUCCAACGAAGGUUACCACAGAAGGGAUGUACUCGCCCACCGGCCACCUACCCAAAGGGGUGGUGGUAGAACCCAUGACAAACGCGAGUUUCCUCUUCGAUGGCACACCAUCCUGUCCCAAUGGAAUGAAUCCAUGAAUGGUCUGCGUGUGUUCAAAAUGGGAUGCGGCGCCCUCACUUCAUCUUCGGUUAACAUGGGUCACUUCUUGCAAAACCAUGGAGACAUUGGGAGAGGGGACUGUUCGAUAGAUCGCCAUGCCUUCCGAUAUUUCGAUUGCCUAUCUCCACCGCCCGAAGAUACUCCAUUCGAAGACAUUGACGACGAUAAGUAUGCUUCCGGUGUAGGACUCUCCCAAGAUAGGAACCGUAUUCUCCAAUACGCCUAUUUUGGGGGCAGCGACACAUGCUUGGUAGAUAGAAAUCGGCCAUGGUACAGGAUCCCCGAGAGGGAAAACACGGAUUCUCAGGAUGAACUUGCGUUGGAAGUCUUUUCUGCUACCGUGAAAGCCAGGAGAAUGAGAGGCUAG